CCUGUAGCAGAUGCUGGACUUAUCAGCGGAAGAGGUCAAUAUAAUUGUUCUAGAGCUCUGAAUGGAUCGCAAUGUGAUCCUAAUAAUAUGCCAGCGAUUUAUAAAGUAACGAAGGGUAAAAAAUAUCGAUUUCGUAUAAUUAACAUGAGCGCCGAAUCCUAUUUCCGGAUUUCUAUCGAUCAACAUGUGUUACAAAUUAUUGAAGUUGAUGGUGUUAGUGUAAAACCAAUAAAUGUUACUAUUUUACCAAUUAAUAUUGGCGAACGGUUCUCUGUUAUUGUCGAAGCAUCGCAAGAAGUCGGCAAUUAUUACAUACGUGCAAAUAUCGCUUGUAUAGAAGAUGCUGGUCCUGGCACGAUAAAUUACGACUCGGAUCUUAUUGAUAAUAGUAACAUAACAGGGAUCUUACAAUAUGAUGGUGCACCUAAUGAUACCUUACCGCAAUCUCAAAUGACCUACGAUGAUAAUCGUUAUCCAUGCCAGGAUCUUGAUGUUGACUUAAUAAAAACAUAUGUACCUGUACCACCACCUCAAGAAGUUACAGAUCCAAUUAAAAUUGAUAUUUCGCUUGGUUUUAACGAUCAAAAUACCACCACAGCUUAUAUUAAUGGACAAUCUUGG